GUGAACACAUUUAAUAUUUUUCGGUAAUAAAAUUUCAAAUUUCACAAAACCGGACAAAAAAAAAAUCCAAAGCUAACUUAGAAAAUAUUUGACCGAAUUUACUACAAAAGUUAAUUGAAAUCCAUUUAUUAACACUGUUAAAGCUUAAAUCACGUAAGUGAAUUAAAUAUAUUACCUCAAAGUUAUCGAAUUUAUUAGGAAAAUUGGUAUAUAGUCAGUCAGUCAGUCGUCUCUAAUAUAUCCACUGUCUUUAAUUAUGAAGUAAUAAUAGUUUUCCUCUAAUACUCUCAUUGACUGAAAUCACACACUAUAAAACUUUUUUGUUGCCUUUUUGCAUUUUCGACCGUUGAGUUAAUAUAUUUUUAUUUAUUUUUUUAUUUUUUUAUGUCCCUUGACGCUCCUCAUCAUACUGUCCGUGCAUUGCAACUCCAAUUUUCAAAUAAUAAAAAAAUAUUUAUAUUUUUAAAAAAAUGUAUGUAUAAUUGUUGACGAAGAAAAGACAAGAGGACAAACGUCUAUUGACAUAUUUACCCUCCAUCAAAUGCAAUACAAAGGGAAGCAUUUCAGGGGUAUAGUAGUCAAUGGAGGAAGAAAUUUUAAAUAUCAUUGCGGGGCCAAUUACACGUGGCGUGUAUCUAUUGGGUGGAGAAGGCGAGUGGGACAGCACGCGAAGUUCGCGGCCAUGGAGUUUAAAUUGCGUUGCAGGCGGAAUCCUCUCAUUCAAAGGCGAGUUUGGGUGGCUUAUCGCAGUGAAAUUGGCUUCUCUCGGUGGUUGUGCUGCUAGCCAGACGGAGGCGAAGGCCGACGGCAACCGUGCCGCGUCGGUUUGGAAGAAGAGAUUUUGUGCGUUGAGAGCUCUGUGAAGAGUUAACUGAAGUUGAUUUUUGAGUUUCUGCCGGAAAUUUUCGUGUAUUGAAUCGGAGAGUUUGUAGAUACGUUUUCGUCGAUUCAGUUUCCACUUAUUUUUCUCCUCUUUUUUAGAGGAUUUCUAUAUGUUUAUAUGUUUACGGAACCCUGUUAGAAUUUAGAAUUUUACAAUUGAAGUUCUGUAGAAGUUAUCUACGAUCUGGAUUAGGAAUUUGAGGUUUAUCUCGAGCAGCUUCAGAAAUCCAGCUGACUGAAAAAUAUGAUGCUUGUUUCUCAAUAUUAUGUGUAGUUAUUUGGAACAUCUGUGUUUGUGAAGGUGAGAAGAGGCAAUGGAGGUGAAGAGCAGAGACUCAUCACACUGGUGGUGGUUUGACGGACACAUCAAUGGUAAUUCAAAGAAGUCCCCAUGGCUGCAGUCAACGCUUGCAGACCUUGAAGAGAAGACAAAGGCAAUGCUUAAGGUCAUCGAGGAAGAUGCCGAUUCAUUUGCUCAGCGUGCAGAAAUGUAUUACAACAAGAGACCUGAGCUGAUCACCAUGGUUGAAGACUUCUACCGGACUCAUCGUUCUUUGGCUGAGAAAUACGAUCAUCAAGUCAAACCCGAACCUAUAGCCCGUGUUCUAACUCCAUGGUCAUCAUCAUCUCCAUUCUCUUUCACUAAAUUCCAUCUGGAAAGGUCUCCUAGCUUGUAUGACAAAACAUAUGAUAGCUACUCUGAGGCUAAUGGUCCAGAAGAGUCUGAUGAGUCUGAAGUCGAUGAAGAUGAACAAACACAUGGAAUUCGGAUCAUAUCAGGAUUACAGCAAGUGGCGAGUGAAUCGAAAGAUGAAGAACUAAUCAGUAGUCUUAGGGAGGAACUGGAGAAACUCAGAGAAGCCAACAGGGUUCAGGCAGAAGAGCUGAUGCAAAAAGAUGAAGAGAAGAGGGAAGUCAUAAGACAACUAAGUUUAGCCAUGGAUGUGCUCAGGGAAGAGAAUGAUAAUCUGAGAAACUGUGUUGCCAAGAAAGAAGAAAAGCAGGUGAAAGAGGGUAAUUUUCUUGCAAGAUUGUUCGAUGGAUUCGGAAAAUCACGGGCUAAUGUCGUCGCCAUUUAGAUGGUAAUACACACCUCUCUACAUCUCCACAUGUUUUUUUAUGUCACAUAUAUAAUUAUAUUGUUAUUACUACUGUAUGGAUUAUGCUGCAUUCUUCUAUAGCUAUUUAUGUUGUAGGAAAAUUGUUUUAACUAUCUAUUGUAACUUGUAAGACAACCUAAGAUUAGAAUUUCAUUUAAGCUGUAGUUGUAUUCUUUCCCAUUAUAUAUACUACAUUCUUUUGUGUGUGUGUGGUUGUUCUCA